CAUACUAUGGUCUCAGCGGACCAACCAAAAACCCAACCCCUCCUCACCAGCAACGGCGAGAACGCCCAACCAAUACCCACCACGGCGCCGCGGCACCACCUUGCCUCCCCUAGCUCCCCUCCAGCCUGUCCGUUUGACCCGUCUCGCUAUGUAACCAACCGGCACCUGCCCAAGGCUAGCUAGCCCCACUACGCACUCGCUCGCCUCACCACCAAUGCAAAGAAGCCCGUAGCGAGCGAGCGAGCGAGCAAUGGAUCACUCCAUGAAGCCAGCUGCUGCCCUCUCAGCGUUCUCGUCCCGGAGAUGGGUCCUCGCCACCUCCCUCUGCUCCCUCGCCUGCCUCUUCCUCCUCUCCGCCGGCCUCCUUCUCCUCGCCGCCGGCUACCGCCCGUUCCUGCCGCACACGGCAGCACCGUGGGACCGCUUAUCCAGGAUGCGGCAGCAGGCGGCGCCGUCGACUGCCCGUGCCUCGCACGACGCCGCGGUUGCGCCGGCGCCGGCGCCAGACGCGGGCUCACCAGGCGGCCUUGAUUUGGGCCAGGAGGACGAGGAGGAGGAUGCCGGGCCGCCGCCUGCACCGGCCCCCGCGCCGGCGGAGGAGGAAGGGGAAGGAGGUGGCGACGGCGAUUGCGACGUGUUCGACGGGACCUGGGUGCGCGACGACGCGGCGUGGUACCCGCUGUACGAGGCCGCGGAGUGCCCGUUCCUGAGCAACCAGGUGGCGUGCCACCGGAACGGCCGCCCGGACUCCGGCUACGAGCAGUGGAGGUGGCGGCCCCGGGGCUGCGGCGGCCGCACGAGGCUGGGCGGCGCGGAGGCCCUGGAGCUGUGCCGGGACAAGCGGCUCGUGUUCGUGGGCGACUCGCUGAACCGCAACAUGUGGGAGUCGCUCGCCUGCAUCCUCUACGCGGCGGUGCCGGACCGGUCCCGGAAGCGCAUCGUCGACGACGCCGGCUCCGAGUACAGGAUCUUCCGCGCCAUGGACUACAAUUGCUCCGUAGAGUUCUUCUGGAGUCCGUUCCUCGUGAAGCUCGAAACAAAGAUCAACCAGACCAGGGCGCUCAAGCUGGAUCAGCUGCCGGCCAUGCUGCAGAGGACCCUGGGCGCAAACAUUCUCAUCUUCAACACCGGCCACUGGUGGACUCACACUGGCAAGCUCAGAGCGUGGGACCAUCUCGAGACACACGGGAAGAUGGUUGAGAUGGCAGGGGAGGAAGCCUUCAACAGAGCGCUAAGAACCUGGGCUAGGUGGGUCGACCGCAACAUAGACCCCAGCAGAACAAGAGUAUUCUUCAGGAGCGUCUCUCCUGAACAUAAGAGUGUAAACUGGUGCUAUAACCAGACGUCCCCAAUCUCCACUGGAACAGUGGCUCCUUGGUUUCCAAAAAGCCUGGUCACCAUUGUGGAAAGGAACAUCAAGAACAUGAGAACACCGGUCCAAUAUCUGAAUAUCACACACCUCUCGGAGCUCCGGAUUGAUGCACACCCAUCGGUUUACACCAUCACCCGGGAAGGGAAACCGCUGAGCACAGAGCAGCGGCAACAACCGCUGACAUAUGCUGAUUGCAGCCAUUGGUGCCUACCAGGGCUACCAGAUACCUGGAAUAUGCUUUUGCUUGACUCUUUGAUGAGACCUCCCUCCAAUGUACAUUUGCUAGGGUGAAGCGUAAUACUAUUUUGGGUGGCAGCUUCAACUUGUCUGGUGUGAUAGUAAAGCAGAAGAAUAGAGGAGAACAAAGAAAAUCACAAUAUACAGACGUUGCCACAUAGGUAGCACUUUACAUUGAAGAUCUGGUCAUAUAGCCUAAAUCCUACCCGGUCCACAAGCAAAAAUUCAGCUCAUCAAUUGUACACAUUGGCUAAGCAAUUAAACAACUACUAAAGGAGUGCAAAUAACAACUGUGGUGACAAUACUGACUACAAAAAUCAGCACCAGAUUUACAGUCUGACAUUGCAAUACAUACUAAUUCAGCACCAAAAUCUACACCAGUUCAAUAGAAUGCAUGGGCAUAACCAGGGCAGCAAACAGCAGUGUACGCCAUAAACAACAAAAUGGUGAUUGCAACUUACAUAAGACUACAGCUUUCAUGCCAGAAAAUGCCAUGUCCGCUAGGUAAAAACAGAUCAUUGACAGUAGCAAUUUGAGCAUGAUAAAACUUGCUGACUAGGAAUAUGUAAAUUUAAAAGCAUAAAAAAGUUGUCUGAUAACAAGAAAAACAUACUCAAGAUUACCCUUGAUGUGCUACAAAGCUAAACCUAAUUUAUAGCCUUCCGGUUUCAAGAGAUCGCAUAAAAGACGGGAGAAAGAGAACAUAAACCCAUCAAUAAUCCCUAUCUCAUAAGGUAAAAAGGCAUGUGACUAAGGCCAUCCUUUAGAGAUAACUAUUAGCUGCUAGCUAAGGCCCUGUUUGAAUAGUUGGUUAGUAGUCUUAUCUAUCACCUAGUUAAGAAUUGUAGUUAGCUGAUCCCCCAAGCUAAAACAGCUAAAUAGUUAACUAAGGGCGUAAGGCAAAAGCAAAACAUCUUCUGACUAUCAUGGAGUACUUGGCCACUAUCCAAGCUUCAAGAAACAACGAUAAAUCUAUAGCUUUAGGAUUUAUUUUGGAGAAGGUAUGCAGCAUUCGGCAACCAGACUAUAAAUGUAAAAGGAAAAAAGAAGCCCGUAUUACAAUCAUACAUACAUACAAACAGCCCACAACUCACCAAGCAUGUCUCCACUAAUAAAAAGGCAAGAUUGAACAGAUCACAGGCCAAUAAUAACAAAGGGAUCUCAUAUGAUAAUACUACAAUAAACAAGACACAGUACAGUUGAGUGCAACUUCACUUAUCUAUGUAAACUGAAAACUGCAAAGCAGUCAUAAAGAAGUACAUGUGAAGCAUUGUCAAGAAACACUAAACUAGCUUGAUUUAUCCAACAUCGAACACUGGUAGUGCAAACUCAUUCCAGAAUCCAGAUCAGAAGUAGCCACUAGCCAGAAUAUGCAAGACAUCCAUGUGAAUUCAGCACAACCAUUGCAAAGCAUAUGCUCCCAAGAGUUGUCACACACCUGAGUCAUACAUUCACUAGAAUUCAAUCAAUAAUUCAGCUGAGUACAGAUAUAAAUACAAACACAAUAAAAAUUAAAAAAGAGAUACGAUGCUUAAUACAUUAGGCUUCUAAACAUACUUAAGAGAACUUUUUAUAAGGUGGGAUUUAUCAAGUAUAGCAAAAUGUUCUAUGCACUAUCAAGUCAAAACCAGUUUUGAUGACUGCACAUGGAUAUUGCAGAGCUUUUAAGUGCAAAUAUAUCACAUCAAUAAGGAUCGGUGGGAAACUGAAAAACUUAACAUAAUAAAAUCAAGGCAAAAAUUAAGAUCAACCGAAAUCAUACUACUGAUGAGACAAAGAACAUAAAAAAAAGGUCAAGAGAAUUCAUAAACUAUCAAGAAAGAAAGAAAUAAAGCAUUCUGGAUACCAGCACCCACACCCAAAAAAGAAACUGUAACACAUUCACCGUGCACAAAGAUAGAUUUGUCUUAUAUUACAUAGAAAAUGAUAUAUAAAUACAAUGUUAAUGUUAGUAAAAAAAAAGAUAAGUUCACAAACAGCUUAUAAACUCGUUAUCCAUAACACUGCAGCUAUUGAUCAAGCAGCCAGCAAACAUCUCUAGCAUCUAAUACACAACAUGGUCUUUAGGUAUAGGAAUCUAGUAAUUUAAUGGUAGUAUGAAAUGAGGGAACGGAAGGCAUUAUUUGAGUCCAAUGUCCCAAGCACUACAUGCAAGAUUAGAUAAGAAACAACCUUUACAAAAGGUUUACGCUAAUGCCAAAGUACCAAAUAGAAGGGAACUUAGGGAGGGUAUCAGUGACAUGAAUACAGAAAAGGCAACACUGCGGACAUUAGCAUGCACUAAUGCAGCCACCAGUUACAAACAUGACUCCACGAUACGAAUUAAUAAACGUGAACUUAAGGACCAACUAGAUCUGAACAUGAGGAACUUAGUUUAAGACUAAAAGAAAACUAAGAUUGCCUCAGCCUUGAAGCGCUACAAUCAAGUAGUAACCAGCAAUUUAAGAUCAGGUUAAUAGCCCAAGCAGAUCCACACUAUCAGUCAUCGUUAUAAGCAGAUAAGGAAUAACAAAGCUUGACAAUCCCAAUACAAUCACCAAGACAAAAAAAGAAUAGAAUCAGCAUGCAAACGAAAGUAAUGGGUACGGAGGAAUCAAAUGUCACAUAAACAACCAGACAAACAACAAGCAAAGUGAGGGAUGCCUCAGGCAGUCAGGCCCACCAAAGCAUUAUGCCCUCCAUGCUACAAAGGCAAACCCAAAUAACUCACACACCCAAAGGAAAAUUUAAAACAGGAAAACACAGGGAAAAAAAUAUAUGUCAGCUAAUAGGGAACUUAAGGACUACUAUGCUAACAUAUUCACAGCUAGCAUCCAUGAAACUCUAGGAUCAAUGCCCACCAAUCAUCACUUAUUAGUACCUAUUGCCUUCAAUGUCUUACAAAUCAUCAGAACUUAAUCAGUAAUAGAAUAUGAAUUCUCUGUCACUACCAAAUUGAAUAACAAAAGCAAAAAAGAACAACCAUUCAGACAGUGUAACUUGCAAACAAAAUAGUCAAAUCAAAAGAAUCUGACUCAUAAAUCACCGCCAGAUUCAAUAAAAGCCAAAAACACCACCAUUCAGCCAGUGCAAUUUUCAAACACAUAGUCAAUUCCAUCCAUGUGAGAAGCUAAAGCAAACAAUCUACAAAUCAAUGCAUGCUUCACUACAAUUCCAAUUCUGAAAAGCGGCAUACCACAACAAUAAAAAACUAUAAAACUAAAAAUAUGCUAUGGGUGUAAAGUAUACCUUAGAAAUAAGGCGGCACAUUGGGAUACAUAGGAGGAGCCCUGCCACCUGGCCCAGGUGACAUCCCACCUUGAGGGUCCUGGCCACGGAAACCCGACCCUGGAAGGGGGUAGUUCCCUCCUUCAAAGGCACCUGCAGGCAGCCCACCUCCACCCUGUUGCAUGCGGUACAUGGAACCUCCACCCAUUCCAAGGCCACCAUAAGCCCCCAUCCCACCAGCACCAAACUGAGAUGAUCCACCAAACGAGCCACCACCCAUUCCACCAGGCCCAAAUGCGCCAGCCCCAGCACCACCCAAACCGGUAGGCACCUGGCCUCCCAUUGAGCCUAAACCACCAGCACCCCCUCCACCCA